AUGACUUCUUCACUUCUAUUCCACCUAUCAGCAAGGGAGAGAGAGUUAGAUUUAGUGUUAUUAGAUCAUUGCUAUGCUAAACCCUGGAGUGCUCACCCUGAUGCCAGCAGUGCUAAACCUGCUAGGACGUUGUUUGUACCGAGGACGUUGAGAUUACGCGUUGAAAAGACUCGUAGCAUAGAGCCUGAUGUAGCGAUAGAUGUGGUCGGUAUUGCAAAGUCUCCUGGUAUGCCUUAUGACAGCAGUAAAGCAAGGUCUGUUAUGAAUGAAUGUGAGAGACAUGUUAACUUUGCCAGAACUACACCAGAUGAAGGUCCAGAAGACUGGGAAGAAAGUGUAGCAGCUCUCAGGAUUGGAUGGACAGCUCAACAAAAUAAACUUUUUAAUAAAGUUGUGAAAGCAUUGAAUACCGAUAGACUUGCAAGAUUAACGUAUGAAAAUACGAAUAACGAGCCAGUAUUACGAAGAGUACAUGUUGAUAAAACUACAAGGAGAGUACGUCAAGCGCUAUCCAGUGUCUCAUGGGAUCCUAAGUUAACACAGUGGUUACAUAUGACUUUAGUAGAACACCUGAGUACACCGUUAUUGGCAGCGUAUUUAGAUGUAUUGCAAACACUGAAAUCUAAGGUCCCAUCUUUAAUUGAUAAAAUGAUCAGUUUAGCAACAUCCAGAUCAGGUACCAGUACUGAAGCACUUACGUUAUUGUUAAAAAGACCAUGGGAUCCAUCAAUCAGUAUGCUAACACAGCACAAACCAGUAAGUAUUGAACAUAUACAUGGUCCGACUCAUCAUUCUCAUACAUUAUCAAGACGUAUGAGAUUCUGGAAUUCACAGUUGUCUAAUCUUGGUAAAGUUAUCCCGGUCACUAUGCAUACGGUGAACGGUGGAUCCGGAGUUGGUAUCAGUCAGUGCUUAGAACACAUGAUUGGAGCUGUUAGAACUAAAGUCUUGGAACUGCAGAGUCAUUUUCCAAAUAGACCGGUGGUGUUGAUUGGAUGGUCAGUUGGUGCUCUUGUUGCUUCACAUGUUGCAUUGGUAGAAUCUGUCAGCUCUGUUGUAUGUUUAGGAUUUCCAUUAAUGGGCAUUGAGGGCGGUAGAGGGGAUGUAGAGGAUCCAUUACUAGAAGGUAAGACACCAACCUUGUUUGUUAUUGGACAAGAAUCCAGUGUGUGUAACCAAGAUGACAUCGAAGACUUGCGGGAAAAAAUGAAAGCAGAGUCAAGUUUAGUGCUUGUCGGUGGAGCAGAUGAACAUUUACGUUUAACAAAAGCUAAGAAGAAACUGGAAGGUGUGACUCAAAGUAUGGUUGACCGAUGUAUACAAGACGAAAUUGCAGAGUUUCUGGCUGGCGUUCUUGCAGCUGAAGUAAAUGCUCCAGACACACCUGAGUUCGACUCUGAUUUGAAAAAAAUGAAAAAGAAGAGAAAAGUAUCUCGGGAUUUAUCUGCUGAAAUGGGAUACCAUGGUUUGCAGUCACCUCUGAUGAAAUCUAAAAGACCUGCUGGUCCCCUCAGUGAGGGUGUGGCGUCUCUUCCAUCAACACCAAAGACUGCUAAAUCAUCGGCCACCAGAGCACCACCAACUGUUGAUCCCCACAAGUAUCAAACACAACAACCAGUGUUUUCCAAGGAGUAUGCUGCCUUUGUGGCAAGCAUGAAACAACAGCAACAAGCCGUAAGGGAAGCACGUGAGGCUGCAGCUCAGGCACAGGCUGGAGGUAAAGCCAAGAUGUCUGCCUCAAAGCGUAAAAGAAGUCCAAUUGUUAGCACUGGUGGACCAACUGCAGCCAAGCGUAAACCACCUCCAAAGCUACCAGUGAAAACUGCUGAAAUUGUAAAUACAGCCACUGCUUUGAGUAGUCCAACUAACCAACAUUCACCUGUCAUUGUACCUGGAGCAGCACAGUUAUCAGGAUUGCUUCAAGGAGCAGCGGUCGGUGGUCAGAUACCGCCUACCUCACUCGCACAGCCUGCAACGACCACGAAGACAUUACCCAAACUGCAACAACUUGGAGUAAUAAGCACUCAAGCAUCUCAUAGUAGUAUACUACAGGGUUUGAGUUUCAGUCUACAGGGUGGAAACCUACCCGCAUCGUUAGCCAGCGUGCUGCAGAAUCAGGCUUCAUUGAGUGGAUUACUGACAACCAUAGCAACACAGGGUGAACAGAAAACCACUAUUACAGUGCAGGGAUCCCUAACUCGUCCAUUACCAGCACAGCUUACACAAGUCCCAACUACUGGAUUAGCUGCUAGUGCACGCAUCGGAUCAAGCAUAGGAAGUCUCUCAAAACCUGAUCCUAUCAAACCUGCUAUACCAGGAUUGGCAACGAUUCGAACGACGUCUGCACCGAUGCGUACAAUAACUCUGACUACAACAACUGGAACAACACAGUCUUCAUCCCACAUACAUCAUUUGUUAACAAGCUUCCCAAAAUCCCAUUCAAGUCCAGCAUUAAUACAACUACCGACUGCAUCUACUAUACCAAAAACACUACCAAAUCAAGCACGUCCCCAAACUAUCAAUACAACCAGUACAACAUCUGUUACCAUAGUAACAUCUACUAAAACAACUUCCACAUCUACUAAAACAACAACUGCUGGAAGUAUUUUGGGAUGUGUUUUAAAACAGAGUCCUAAAUCUGCGUUCGUAGCGACUCAAAAACCUGAUUUGACUCAUGUACAGGCGAUUCAAAAGCUACAGUUUCAUGACUUCCCACUCACCACAGCCUCAUUAACCAAAACCAGCUCUGGGGCAAUUAUAACACAGGCGAAGAUCUUGAAACAGCUUGAAAUAGCUCAGUUGAAAUACAUCCAUGGAGGCAAUGCAAGUAAACUAUCUGUUAUUAAACCAGCCAAUACUGUUGCAUCGUGUGUAAUGACGACGACUCAAAGCAAGCCUAUUAGUAGUACAGUGAGUCAGGGAAGAGUGCAUCAUACCGUACCAUUUACCAGUGCUACCACGUCAGCCACGCAAUCAGUUAUAUCAGGUGUUGGAACUACUAAUCUCACUAUACAGGGAUCUUCAGUCAGAGAUAACACAAAACCUGCAUCAAUAACCGCUUCACAAAAACUAACCGAGCUGAGCAUAAGCAAGGCAGAUGUGAUUAAGCCAUCAGCCACCAUUACGCUAGCGAGAGCCGAGUUGGCAGCCCAAGCUCUACGCUCCUCUAACUCUAAUGUUCAAGUAAGUCGUACUAUACCGCCACCAGUCACAAUGCCCGUCAGGCUUGUAACGUCAAGCAGCAUCAUCAAAAAGCAAUUAAUACAGCAACCUAGAAUAAUAAGAACAGUGAAUGUAGUUGACAAACUUUCUACAGUUUCAAGGACUGCAACCCCUCCUGUCGUUGGAGGAGACCAGCCUGAUGGUAAGAUACGUCCCAUCCUGAUUGAGGUCACGAAGCAAUCUAGUGUGGUAGACCCAAAGGUAUCUACCAUCAAGUUAAUAUCUACUCCUUCAUCUUCACCAACUCCAAAUAUAAAAGUCACUAAGACAAUUGUACAAAGCAUCGCUUCACCAGUCGUGAAAUCUAUGUGUAAUGCAUCCACAUUGAUUGUAACACCGCAGAGUUCGUCAAUGGUUGCAACAAUGCCUAGUUCUUCGUUGGUUGUAACAACACCAAGUUCUUCAUCAGUUGGGACAAUACAACGUUCAAGGUUGGUUGGUACAACGUCAAGUUCUUCGUCAGUUGGGACAACAUCAAGUUCUUCGUCAGUUGGGACAACGUUAAGUUCUUCGUUGGUUGGAACAACACAACGUUCAAUGUUGGUUGGGACAACGUCAAGUUCUUCGUCCGUUUUGACAACGUCAAGUUCUUCGUCCAUUGUGGCAACGUCAAGUUCUUCGUCGGUUGUGACAACACCUGGUUCUUCUUCGGUUAUGACAACGUCAAGUUCUUCGGUUGUGACAACACCUGGUUCUUCUUCGGUUGUGACAACACCUGGUUCUUCUUCGGUUAUGACAACGUCAAGUUCUUCUUCGAUUGGGACAACGUCAAGUUCUUCUUCGAUUGGGACAACGUCAAGUUCUUCGUCAGUUGUGACAACACCUGGUUCUUCGACAAUGCCAAUUUCUUCCUUGGUUGUGACAAUGCCAGGUUCUUCGUCAGUUGCCACAACAAUGCAAAGUUCUCCCUUUCCAAUAACAUCAACAACAUCUAGUUCACCUACUCUGUCUUUAGCAUCUGCUGCGUCGGUUGCCGCAGCGGUUUCAUCUGAGCAUGCAUAUGUGAGUACGUCACAGCCUGGAGCCAGCAACAACACUAGUAGAAACCGGACAGCUUCCGGUGGCAUUGCUUCAACUAGGACAAGAAGAAUAAGAAUGCCAAGGCAAUAUUCAGAAUAA